AUGCCCUCCUCCUCACUAGCGGAUUACCUCGCGAAGAACUAUCUGACCGCCGACCCGGCCACAGAGCGACCCAAAAAGAAGCGCAAGAAGACUAAGGAAGUUGAUACCGCCGCCCAAGGCCUGAUCAUUGCCGAUGACGACCCACCCGAUCUCAAGAGCGCCGCGGCGAACUUUAUGAACGAUGACGAGGAUGGCCCGUCCGUCGUGGCAUCCGGCCGGAGUGCGGAGUUCCGUCGCACGAAAAAGUCGAAUUGGAAGACUCUAGGCGGGGCUGGGAACGAGCAGGACGCUGCGGAUGCGAUUAUCGCGUCGGCUGCGGCUGAGAAUGCGGCGCGGAGGAAUGAAGGGGAGGAUGACGAUGCGCCUGCUGUGGUUGAAGAGGAGGAUGAAGAUGACGGGGGGAUGAAGAUGGAGUCUGGUGCGAGGGCGGGUCUACAGACUGCGGCACAGACGGCUGCGAUGGUUGCUGCGCAGGAACGGCGGAAGAAGGUCGAGGCGGCCCUGUACAAGGAUGGUCCGUCAGGCGAACAAGCGCAGGAGACGAUUUAUCGUGAUGCGUCCGGACGAAUUAUUAAUGUGGCUAUGAAGCGGGCGGAGGCGCGUAAGGCGGAGCAGGAGAAGCUUGAGAAGGAGGAACGGGCGAAGGAGGCGCUGAUGGGCGAUGUCCAGCGGCAAGAACGAGAGAAACGUCGAGAGCAGCUUCAGGAAGCGCGGGCGAUGCCUGUGGCCCGCACGGUCGAUGACGAGGAUAUGAAUGACGAGUUACGGGCCCGACAGCGGUGGAAUGACCCGGCUGCACAAUUCUUGACCAACAAGGGCCCUGGGAAGAGUGCAACCGGGAAGCCUUUAUACAAGGGAGCUUUCCAGCCGAAUCGAUACGGAAUCAGACCGGGGCAUCGGUGGGAUGGAGUGGACCGCAGCAAUGAGUUCGAGAAAGAGUGGUUUGCAGCUAGGAAUCGGAAGGGAAGACUGGAGGCGCUGGAUUACCAAUGGCAGAUGGAUGAGUGA